AUGGAGCACAUCUGGAUGUGUUUGUUCUACACGGUCCUGGUCAUGGACACGGUGAAAGCGGAGCGCGUGCACCCGUUCGGACGGGAUGAAGAUGCGCAGCGGGACGCGUUACAAAUCACCAUGAUGAGACUUUACCGGGAGUUCAGCUCAGAUCAGGACAGACAGAGUUUACAGAACACAGUCCGGAGCUUCAGGUCUUACCAUGUGUCGUCCAACAAGAAGGUUCUUUUUUAUUUCAACCUGACGUCCAUCCCAGACACCGAGCUCGUCCUGUCCGCCCGCCUGCACUACUUCAACCAGCCGGGCCGCCAGCACCCCCGGAGCUGCCACCCUUCCCGAGACUCCUGGUGUCGUAUCCAGCACCCGGUCCAGUUAGUCCUUCAAGGAACCUCAUCAAACACGUCAUCCCAGUCUCACCUGGGAAACAUCACGCUGUCUCCUCACAGGAAAAGGUCCUGGCAGACGUCUGACGUGUCUUCCAUUGUCCAGAGGGCGCGCGAUGAAAACGAGCUCUCCAUUUCCGCCGAGUUUACCUUGGAGUCGCAGCAGGAUCGCUUCUCGCCCCUCACUUUGCCUUUUAUUAUCGUCCAUGCCAACGACCUGGCCAUAAACGAGCCGAACAGCAUCGCGUCGAGCCUGCAGAGGUACGCUCCUGUAGGAGAAGAGCGAGGAACCAGACCCCCCGUCGUCGCCUCAAGCUCCAGGAUCCGAAGAGAAGCCGUCCACUCGCGGAGGAAUUUCCUCCCGGACAUCCAGGACAACGAUUCCAAAAACAAGGAGCUGUGGUACAACACGUUCUUCGCAUCAAAGUCUCAAAUGUUACCCAGGAGUCCUGAGAGCAGGAACGGAGCGAGCAGGUCUCAGGAGCUGAGUUUUGAUGAGAAGACCAUGAAGAAGGCUCGGCGUAAACAGUGGGCCGAACCUCGAGCCUGCGCCCGGCGCUACCUGAAGGUGGACUUCGCUGAUAUCGGCUGGAGCGAGUGGAUCCUGGCGCCCAAAGCCUUCGACGCCUUCUACUGCGCGGGGACGUGCGGGUUUCCUCUGCCCAAGAUGGUUCACCCGUCCAAUCACGCCACGAUUCAGAGCAUCGUCAGGGCGGUGGGCAUCGUCCCCGGAGUUCCUGAACCCUGUUGUGUACCCGACGAGAUGGACUCUCUGGCCGUGCUGUUCUUCGACGACAGCAGAAACCUGGUGCUCAAACUUUUUCCCAACAUGUCUGUGGGGACCUGUGCCUGUAGAUAGAGACUGAAAAUACCCACCGACCAAUUUAUUAGGUACACCUGCACAAUAUUUUUGACACCCAAUGUCCAACUUUUCACAAUUUAAUUUUAUUUCUGCAUGUUCUCCCUUUUCUCUUCAAGUUUAGU